AUGACUGUGAUUGUGAACUACAAGGUGGAGUUGUUUGAUCCGCGCUCCAACGGAUUCAUGCCCUCAUCCUCGGGUAUUGGAAUGCAUGUGGAGGUCCGCGACAGCGACGACAAGAUCGUGCUGUCCCGCGUGUACAGCUCCCAGGGACGCAUCUCGUUCACCUCGCACACUCCCGGCGAGCACGUCAUCUGCAUGUACUCGAACAGCACCGCCUGGUUCAGCGGAGCCCAGCUCCAAAAGGAGAAGCUGCCCGAGCUGCAGCUGCGCAUCCGCCAGCUGCUCGACCAAGUGGAGCAGAUCACCAAGGAGCAGAACUACCAGCGCUACCGCGAGGAGCGUUUCCGUCACACCAGCGAGAGCACCAACUCCCGCGUUCUAUGGUGGUCGCUCGUCCAGACCGUCGUCUUGGUCUGCAUGGGCUUCUGGCAGAUGCGCCAUCUCAAGAGCUUCUUUGAGGCCAAGAAGCUGGUGUAAGGUGCCGAUGAGCUCUGGGGGCAUCAUCAUCAGCGUUGUUUCGUGUGUUUUCCCCCCGUCAUUGCGGCAGGAAUUGCGAAUUUCAUCGAUGGAUCGUCAUCAACCAACCAGCCAACAGGCCUCUCGACUCCAAGCACUUCUAGUUUUAAUUUCUUGUGCGUAAUUGAAUAAAAUC